AUGAGGUACAUUUUUACAAUAAAGGAAAUAGAAGAUAUAGUGGUAUACCUAAAGAACGGCGUGGUUGACGGGUCUCUUUUGAAAGAACAGAGAAACAACUUUAAAAGAAAGUGCUCGCGCUUUUAUAUAGAAAAGUCGCAGCUUUAUUUGAAGGCAACCGAAAAAGAGCACAGAAAAAAAGUGGUGGGAAACGAUGAUAGAGAAAGACUGAAGUCCGUUCUGGACAAUAUCCAUCUUCCGCACCAUGAAGAGAUAAAAACAAUGCGCACGGUGGUGGAUAGGAGCUAUGUUGGCUUUAAAAAGACACACAUUGACAACUACGUGAAAAAAUGCAUGGAUUGCCAGAAAUACAGAUCUAUGGUGCGGCUGUCUCUGCGAAGGAUGGUCCAUUGCUCCUCUUCUGCGCAGAGUCGAGUGCCUAGAAACGGGCUCUGA